CAAAGGUCUCCAGAAAAGUAAACUAGGCUUGGCUUUGGCAUUUCUCUUUUUUUUUUGUUGUUGUCUUCUUCAUACUGAAAGAAGAGAGAAAUAGGAAAUAAAAGAGGCUUGUGAACCCCUGGAGUUCCAGAAAUGAUCUGACGACGGGGGAGGAGGGGACACCAAAACGAGAAGGCCGGAGCCUCUCACCAUGGAUGACACCUAGAAGACUCCACAGACUGGAAAUAAGACGCUGCCGGAGACUGUGGCACAGAAAAGCAGCUUGGGAAGAGGUAGCAGCUCUGCCCUGUCAUGCCGAUGGACGUCUUGGGGGAAAAUGAAGCUCUGCAGCAGUUCUUUGAAGGACAUGAUGUCAGCGGCGUCCUGGAGAACCCGGUGUUGGACACCAGUGUCCUGGAGCAGUACCUCUCAAGUGACUUUGACCCUGCCUCCUUCUUGCUCCCAGAAUCCCCUCCUGACUCAAGCUCAGACCCCUGUUCUCCUCCUCAGACAACAGCUUCCCUUGUAGAAGUGAGUUGUGGCACCCCCUGGCCUCCCGCUGCUCUGUUGGAACCUCCAUUUACUCCAGCCAUCAACCCCAUUGUGACCAAGGGAUGCAGUGGAGAGCCACCUUACAGAUGUGUGGAAUUUCCAGGAGCCUCCGGUGCCACUCCACUGCCCAUGUGUGGUGCUACAUCUUCUUGCACUGUGGCUUCAGCUUUCCCUUAUGCACCUAUGAGUGCCACCGUGAGUACCGGGGGUCCGAUCCAACUUCCAAAAAAGAGAAAGCGCUGUGACUCUGGUGAAGGUGGCGUCAAUCCAAGUGUGUCAAACUCCACCAGCUUAUGCUCAACCACUCUGGGGAAUGCUGUCUAUUGUGGGGAUGGUCUGGGCUAUGAGAGUGAUGGACAGAAUGCGCAGUGUGGGUCAGGAUGGUACCAGUCUUUAACCUGGAGCCCAUACCAGUCACACCAGUGGACUCCUCUGUUCGACUCCAGAAGCAACAGUUUGCCAACUCCAGGCUACCAAGUGGAUGCUGACAAAGGCUUCAAUUACUCCCUCUGUGAUGAGGCCUUCGUGUGUCAGAAGAAGAACCACUUCCAGGUGACAGUACACAUCGGCAUGAUGGGAAACCCCAUGACAUUAAAGACCCCUAAGGGAUUCACUCCGAUUGAUGCAUUCUACAUAAACGUCUUCGGCAUCAAGGCGGACACACCAAGUCACAUCGUGAUGAUUGAGCAGUCUCAGUCUGACCGAAGCAAAAAAUCAUUCCUGCCUAUCAAGGUAAACCUUCCAGGAGACAAGAUCACCAAAGUCACUCUGGGGAGGCUGCACUUCAGUGAGACCACUGCAAAUAACAUGAGGAAAAAGGGAAAGCCAAAUCCUGACCAAAGAUACUUCAUGCUGGUAGUUGGGCUCUAUGCUGCACAUCAGGAUCACAAGCUACUAGUAACAGCACACAUGUCUGAAAAAAUCAUUGUGAGGGCCUCAAAUCCAGGUCAGUUUGAAAAUGACAGUGACACGUUGUGGCACCGUGGACAAACUCCAGACAGCGUGAUCUGUCAUAGCCGAGUCGGGAUCAACACAGAAACACCUGAUGAAGCCCUAGUAGUUUGUGGAAAUGUCAAAGUCAUGGGAACAGUGAUGCACCCGUCAGACCUGCGAGCCAAACACAACAUUCAGGAGGUGGACACCACGGACCAGCUCAGAAGAAUUGCACAGAUGAGAAUUGUGGAGUAUGACUACAAGCCAGAGUUUGCUUCAAAAAUGGGGAUCGACCAAACACACGAAACAGGGGUCAUAGCUCAAGAAGUCAUGGAGCUCCUGCCUUCUGCUGUGAAGGAUGUUGGGGAGGUGACCUGCACUGGCGGGGAGAGGAUCGGCAACUUCCUUAUGGUGGAUAAAGAGAAAAUUUUCAUGGAGAAUGUCGGGGCCGUGAAACAGCUGUGCAAACUGACAGACAACUUAGAGACUCGCAUUCAGGAGCUGGAGAUCUGGAACAAACACUUGGCCAAGCUGAAGCGUUUUGGAAGUAUGAAGUCCAGCAUCAGCGAGAAGAUCCCCAGCAGGAAAGUGAGUAAAGGCUGCCCCAUGCCUGCUCCUCCGCAGCCGACGCUCAUAAGGGCCGUGAAGGAGAAGUUCAAGCAUUGUUCUCAGCACAAGCUCUUCAAGGCGACCAUCAUUACCCUCGUGGCCAUCAUGGCGUUUUGCGUGAUUACAAUUUCUGCACUUUACAUGCUGAGUCUGGUGGAAGAUGAAAGUACUGAGCUGGGAAAACUCACAACUCCAGACACAUUGACAACGCCUGCCUCUGCUCUACCAACCGGCAAAACAAGCACAGUCACACCAGAACCCUGGCCACCUGACAUCAGUUUUUGUAACAUUCCUCCCUGUGAAGUUGCGUUCUGCUGCAAUGGUAGCUCCUCACCCUUCCGGCGAGCACGUAAGGCCGUGAGGAGUGACAGUCAGUGGACAGAUCCUCAACUCAUGCACCGAGAGAGGCAAGAACAUAGCAGAAAUGACCAAGAUUGGAAGAAUACAACUCUUGAGUCCAUCCUCAUUGAUGAGAGCCAGCAAAUCAUUGACUUUCAGUACUGCAUGAAACACCAGUGCAGGGCUGGGAACUACACAUUUGUGAUACCCAUUAGCAAAUACAUCCCACCCAAGACGAAAGUGACCCUGGUGAUGAACUCAUCUGAGGCGCUCAUCAUCUACCUGUGCAAUUACAAGGGAGAGCAGCUGUGUCCGGGUGAGCAGCCCAGGCAGACGUGGGAGGAGUCGCCGUUUUACUCCUUGGGGUAUCACCAUGUCUGGCCGCUGUGGGUGACCAUGUCCGACAGAAGCAUGCUCCACUUUCGCUCUGCUGUUCCGGGUCGAGCACAUUGUACAACAGAUCGAAACUGGGCCGGGGAGCUCUUCACCGAUUAUUACUUCCAUUUCUACAGAAGAUGCCCCUGAUGCCUCCAUGCCUCAACCCCCAACCAUUCAGCGACCGAGAGCUACUGACUAGAAUUUAAGAUGUGGCUCGUUAGUAGAUCGGAACGGGGAAACCCACAAGGACCCCAAAUGAGGAGAGAACACUUAGCUGCCUGGAAUAUUUAUGAGUGCCCUGUGCCCAGAUUGGCAGGGGCGGGUAUGACCAUAUUUAUGACUUUUUUUUUUUGAUUGAAAUGCUGUACCUGAUUUUGUAUAUUAGAUGGCAGGACACUGCACUGUCUUUUCAUUAAAUGCCCCAGCUGUUUGUUUCUGCUGUUACUCUGC